UUGGCAUUGUUUACAUCUGUAAACGAACGCAUUCAUCCAUGUCCUGAGCAACAAACUUCGAUGCAUCAGCAUAUGCGCCGACACCACAUAUCGAAGCAAUUCACAUUGGAAGAAACCCAGGAUACGAUCAACACAAAGAUACCUGAAAACACUGCACAAAUCACAAUUGACCAUAUUGGACCUGCAGUGACCCCGACUGUACGGACAUGGCGCAAGAAACGGGCUUGUUCUCAGUGCGCCGACCGCGCGAAACACUAGGAAGCAUAUCGCAUAACCUAUCUGCCAUUCCAAUGCCAUCCUCCGCGAUGAAGCGGUCCCAGGCGCAAUCCGCGCAAACCACAAAUCACAUGCGAUCUACAUCCGGUUCACGAAUGUCCCUCGCACCAGGUCGACCGGCCCAGCCCAUGCUGCAUCGAUCAUCAUCUGGCGACAACCUUGCGGGAAUGGGCUUCUCCACUGUUCAAAGACCGAGCUCGCAAAACUUCUUUCCCAAUACAGGAGGUCGCAAAAGCUUUGCGCCCGUCGCAAGCACUCCUGCGGCCGCGCUACAACUCCAAGAGAGCACAGCACGGAGGAGUAGUGUAUACAGUGCGCGGCCGUCCAACGGCCUGGGACUUGCAGGACAUCAGUCUUUCUUUGCGACGGCGCCUCCCAUGAAUGGCAUCCCAGCGGACCCACGACAAUUGCGCAACGCCCAGGUUCGGAAUACGAUCGGUCAGGAGAUUAUGGAGUUUCUGACCCAGCGUAAUUUCGAAAUGGCCAUGAAGCAUUCCCUCCAUCCGAAGAUCAUGACUUCGCCAACGCAGAAGGACUUCGAUCUCAUGUUUCAAUUUUUAUACCACAGCAUCGAUCCCGCGUACGUGUUUCAAAAGACUACCGCAGUGGAAAUUCCUCCUCUGCUGAAGCAAAUGCGCUACCCCUUUGAAAAGAACAUUUCGAAAAGUCAACUGGCAGCAGUAGGAGGCAACAAUUGGAGCACUUUCCUCGGACUUCUCCAUUGGAUGAUGCAGCUUGCUCUUAUGAUGGAACAGUAUAGUGUCGGCCAGUGGGACGAAGCUUGCAUCGAAGCGGGAUUCGACGUCAGCGCGGAUCGCAUCACAUUCCAAUUCCUGUCAGAAGCCUACAAGGAUUGGCUCAACAUGUCAGAUGCAGCGGAUAUCGAUGAGGAGGAAGAGUCAAAGCGAGUCGUGCAACCUCAUAUCGAUGCAAUGGCUGCGCGAUUCGACCAGGCCAAUGCCGUCAACCUGGAGCAAGUAAAGUCAUUGGAGGCUGAGUCCAAGGCACUACAAGAACAGAUCGAGCAGCUCGGUAAAAAUGCUCCUAUACUGGCCAAACUGGACGAAACGAUCAAAGUACUCGAAGAGGACCGCGGCAAAUUUGAAGCGUACAAUGAUAGCAUGGAGAACAAGGUUGAGAAGUACUCUCGGCGGCUGGAAUUACUGCAGCAAGAAAUUGAGAAAUGCGAGCUCGAAUUAGCCGAUGCGGAAGCCGAUCGAGAUGAUCUCCAGCGCCGUGUAGACGAGCAAGGGCUCAGCGUGCAGGAUAUCGACCGCAUGAACACCGAACGUGAUCGUCUGAUCAAAGGCGUCGAGACGACACAGGUCAGAUUGGAAGAGGCCAAAGAUCGUGCCGGCAAAAAGGAGAGCGAGACGGCUUCCAGACUGGACGAUUUGGAGGCCACGGUUCAGCGAUAUAACACGAUUGGGUAUCAGAUUGGCAUCAUUCCGGUAUCGGCCUACAACGCUCAUGGCAACGAGUACGAAAUCAAACUCGAACUCCGUUCUGGACCAGACUUCAGUGCAUCACAGUUGGGUGCAUCAGCACAGAAGAACCUUACCGCAUCUGAUAGGCUCUUGGCAGACGCGUUCAAUGGCUACCAACCACAAAAUCUUCUUCCGCGCUUCGAUCUGAAAAUGACAAAAAGAAAUCUCCAGGAUCUGCGCAAAGACGUUUCCGAGCGCCGAAACGUUGCAUUGGAAGAGGACAUGGCCAAAGUCGACAUGCUAGACAAAACUCGCGAGGCUUUGGAGGAUAAGCAUGGCGAAUUGGAGACACUGAAGCAUCGCGUCGGAGCCGCACAAGAAGAGUUCGAGAAGAUGAAGGAGAUCUCCACCGCGCAAGGAAUGGCCUCCGAUGCUCAAAUUGAAAAGAUGGAGAAGGAGUUGAAGAAAAUGAGGGCUGGUCUUGGAGAGAGUGUGCAAUUGAUGGAGCAAAGGGAGAUGAGUGUCCAUCUUGAGUAUGAAGAGAUGACCCUUCGAUGUGCCAACCUCCGCGAAGAGCUGCACACGGAACUCGAGCGUAUGCUGAACGAUAUCAUCCGCUUCAAGAUUCACAUUCAGGGAUCACUGGAAGGCUACGAGGAGUUUGUUGCUGGCGAAGUCGACCGUGAGUGGGAGGAGCAGGCGGCGGCCAUGAACGACGAAGCCGCAAACACCGCCGGGAAUGCUGAUGACAUGGAGGAAUAAAGUCUCUCGUGUACGUCCGAGACUGGUCCUUGGUCUUGUUGGAUACGAUGAUGAUGUUCAUGACGGCGUUUAGGGAGAGUUGGUGUUUUGUGAUACCCUGGUUUUGAUAUUUCAAUGAAUGCGCGUAAUUCCUCGUUUCCUGCAC